AUGUUUGCUUAUGCUUUCAACGAGCUCCAAGUCCCUGCUCACUUGCUAGACCGAAGCAUCACACCCAUUGUGAGCUUCUUUGGUGAUGUUGUCCAGCCUAUUGGCAUCAUCCAUCUCUCUAUCUCUAUUGGUUCAGCACCCCAACGGGCGAUAGUCACUACUCCCUUCCUUAUCGUCGACUGCCCCACAGCUUACAAUGUCAUCCUUAGGCGCCUAGCCUUGGCAUAG